AAAAGCCAAUAUUCAGUCGGCGACCUAAUGAUGUUUCUGCCAAACUUGGCAGUGCUGUUCAGUUCAUGUGUGGAGUCCAUGGAGAUCCAACACCUGUUGUCCAGUGGCACAAGGAAAACGGAGAGCUGCCUAAGGGGAGGUUUGAAGUAAACCAAGAAAACGUCCUUCAGAUUAAUGAUCUGACAAUGUAUGAUGCAGGCAAAUAUGUCUGUACUGCUCGCAACAAGGUGGGAACGAUCUCAGCCACGGCAACCUUAACGGUGCAGGAUCCAUUAGACACUGGACAGAAGGAAUGGGACAAGCCAGAAGAUAUUUUGAAAGAGCUAAUGGAUGUCAGGAUUUACCUGCUAAAUGUCACUGCUGCCCCUUCUGCUCCAGCAGCCCAGCUGCACUGGAAGGUUGUCCCCAUUACCCAGGCACAGCGUAUAGAAGGCUAUAAGGUGCUCUACCGUUCCCUGCUGCCUGUGAGCACUCAUUGGGCGGAAUGGAAUGUCCCAAGAAACCACCGAGCUAUCGUGCCAGAGCUGGAAAGAGGUUAUACGUAUGAGUUCAAGGUGCGGCCAUAUUUAGGGAAGGUCCACGGCUCGGACAGCAAUAUGAGACACCUCUGGAUCCCUGAAGAAGUGCCUAGUGCUGCUCCUCAGAGCGUCAGCAUAGCCACAAUCCAAGGUGGCAACGGGACUGUGAUCAUUCACUGGGAACCUCCUCCACAUGAUGAACGCAAUGGCAUUAUUAAAGCCUACCAGAUCUGGUUUCUGGGCAAUGAAACACAUCACAGAUCGAACAAGACCGUUGAUGGAGGAACGCAUAGUCUAGAAAUGACAGGCCUGGCUAAUGGGCUAAAAUACUGUGUCCAGGUAGCAGCGGUCAACGGAGCAGGAAUUGGAGUGACUAGUUAUCCUGUAUGCAGCGCUGUAGAGCCUACAGUGGAGAAGAUGGCAAAAGCCUCAGACUUCCUGUCUGGCAACUACAUCCUGGAAGUGGUACGCCAACCUGUCUUCAUUGCCAGCAUGGGUUCUGCCCUCUGGAUCAUGCUGAUGGUGCUCGCCAUUUAUGUUUGCCAACAGCAAGCCAGGCAUAGUGCAGGGCGGCAGUAUGCCCUUGGCGAAGGUUUAUAUAGGAAUGCAAGCGAUGACACCAUCAUCAAACACAGGGUAGACGCCAGUGAUUCCCCAUGGCUUUCAAACACGUGGAAAUCUACUUCAGGAUCCAAGAAUUACAGCACCAGCAGCAGCUUGAGCAGCCAACUGCUAUGGACUGAACCCAAAGAAGAAUGUUUCAAAUCUACAGCUUCUUUCGAAAGGCAAAGCCAGGGAUCCGGCAUCCAGACUCUCCCUUUGGUGCCUGAUGGCAGGAGCAGCAGCCUCUAUGGGACGCUGUUCGUGGAUCUCCCUGUGAAAGACCUGAAGACCUUCUAUGGGGUGCCUCUGCCUCCCUCUUCCCACUCCAGCCUGCAUACUUUGGAACUUGCACCGGCUGGUGACCAGAGGCUCCUACCUCACUGCAGCCAGAAGCCGAGAAUGGACAGCCCCAGUGUCAAGGGAGGGACACAGUCAGGGCCAUGGAAGUCAGCCGGUCUCCUCCCAAGUCUUCUCAUCCAGGGAUCCUGGGAGAAAAACAGCAAGAAAGAACUACAGCAAGCGCACAGCACCCCGAUGCCACCCCCGAGCUUUUCGGCAGAGUGGAACCACCAGGGCAGCCAGGCGAGCGGCCCCUGCUCUGGGAAGCGGCAGAGGAUUCAGGGGGAAACGAAAAAGCUGCUGAAAACUUACAGCUCCCCAAAGAUCUCCCAGGGCAGUGCCUCACAGAAGUUUGCAGGUUUGCUGCCUCCACCUCCUCCUGUCCCUCCAGGGUUUCAAGCUCCCCAAGAUCGCAGCACCCGACAAGAGUGUACCUGUACUUGCUACCUGGAACCUCCAGUGGAUUUUGCAUGCCGCCAGCAGGAUAAGGAUUCCCUAAAGGCAGCCAGAGAGUCUGUGGAAGAAAGUCCCACCUUCCCCACACUGCCCUACAGUCGCCUCUCCGCAGCCUCUAUCUCCGUUUCUCUUACUGAUGACAGAGAGACAGUUCUUACUCCGGAAGACGUAGCUGAAUACCUGGAGCUCAGCGAGGAGGCAGAGUGUCAAAGGCGACGAAACGAUGGAUCGGCUACUCCUCGAACAUUCUCUUCGCCUCAUACCUACGGCUAUAUUUGUGGCCCCCUGGCUUCUGAGCUGCUUGGGAAUGGUGCCAUGGAGGAGGAUGACCCCAACAUGGUGGAAAGUGGUAGCCACUCCACCAAAUUUCUCCGCGGUUUCUGCCACACUCCCACGUCCAGCCUGAGUGAGGACGAGGCCUCUUUGGGGGGCUCCCUGCUCAAUGGGUGGGGUUCCGUCUCUGAGGACAAUGGCACCAGCACCCGCUGUAGCCUGGUCAGUUCGUCCGAUGGCUCCUUCCUCAUGGAUGCCCAUUUUGCCCAAGCUCUGGCAGUGGCGGUCGACAGCUUCUGCUUUGGACUGACUCAGAAGGAGGUUGACAAAGCGCUGACAGACUUCCUGCCUUCAGCAUCUCCUCUCGAUGGACUGCUCUGUCCAGACACUUCUGUGGAGAGCUCCGAGGAAAUGCAGCAGAAGCCUGCAUGGCAAGCUCUACCUGUGUGGGAAUGGAACGCAGCCUGGGUGGAUGAGAUGGAGGCCAAGUACAAGCAGCAGGUGGAGGACUGGAGUGGAGUUCCCAAGACAGGGAAAGUAAAGGCCACAGCCCUGGGGGAGACCCGGCCCCUCCCUGCCGCCCCCUCGCAGGAAAUAAACGGGGCCUGCAUGUCUGACUUGAUUCUCCAACCAGAUGUGGCAAAUGGUGCCAUCCAGCCUCCUCUGACUUGUACCCAAGACCCCGUGUCAAGAGCCUCGGCCACUCCUAACGAAGGCAAGGAUCCUAUUGUGGAAAAAUUCAAAGGAAGAGAGAGCAUUCAGUAAAACCCAUAGGGAUGACUGAUAAAGUUGUACAAAAGCAGUGUGAGCAGCCCUCUCGGCAGGCAUGUCCCGUACUUCAUUUGGUUGGGUCUUUUGGGAUCAGAGGACCUUGUGAUCUCCAUCACUGGCAGUCUUCUCCAGAGCAAAGACCAAUACCUUUUCCCAGCUUUGAUCUAGUAUUCCCUGAAAUGUGCAAGAGAAAGAAAAAGCCCCAGGGUGUAUCAGUUCCUAUUAGUUGACCAGGUUGUGGCCCAUCCAUGUUGAAGCAGAGCAUUUUGUGAGCUGAGCAGGGGACAUUUCAGCCUGUGGGACAGUCCACUUUGCCAUGAUCCCAGGUAAAGGUAAAGGUUCCCCUUGACAAUUUUUGUCCAGUCGUGUUCGGCUCUAGGGGGCGGGU